AUGCAAAUGUCAAGAGGAAGAUGCGGUGGUUGUUCCCAAAGAAUCACCCAACUCCACCAACUUUUUCUCCGCAAACCCUUCACUUCCACAUCUCCUCCUCCACUUCACCACUCUUCAUCAUCUUCACUAUUCGCACCUCACCCUAAAUCCACACUCUCUUCCUUUCUCCACUCAUCACCGAUUUUCUACCCUUCUGCCACCCGUUUCGGCGCUUUCAGAUUCUUCUCCUCAAAGUCACCUAACCUCGGCUUCAAUGCCAAGAAGGUUUUUGAUAAACCUGCGGCCGCGUUGACAUCUGCUUUCUCGCGUUACCGUGAGGCCAUGGUUUUGCAGCUUGAGGCUUUCUUCAAGAGAAAUCAACUUUUUCUGUUCGGUGCUGCUGGAGUUGUUUUCUGUGCUCUUCUAUGGAGGAUUCUCUUUGGCGUUGCUAAUACUUUUGUUGUACUUUCUGAAGGAAUGGCUAAGUAUGGCUUCCUUGCCCUUUCUUCUGCUAUUGUUGCUUUUACUGGUUUGUAUAUCCGCUCGAGGUUCACAAUCAACCCUGAUAAAGUUUAUAGAAUGGCCAUGACAAGACUUAACACAUCUGCUGAGAUUCUUGAAGUUAUGGGUGCCCCUCUUACAGGAACUGAUUUAAGAGCCUAUGUGAUGUCAGGGGGUAGCCUUACAUUAAAGAAAAUCAAACCAAGUCUUAGGAGCCGACGUUGUUUUCUCAUUUUCCCCAUAAAAGGUUCUGAGAGAAAGGGUCUAGUCAAUGUCGAAGUCAAGAAAAAGCAGGGCAAGUAUGAUAUGAAGCUGCUAGCCGUUGAUGUUCCCAUGGCAUCUGGCCCAGACCAGCGUCUGUAUCUGAUUGGGGAUGAAGAAGAGUACAGAGUUGGUGGGGGACUGAUAUCUGUGCUUAGAGACCCUGUAGUGAAAGCAAUGGCAGCAACCAAAGAAUUUGAUGAUCUUGACGAGAUUGAGGAAGAGGAGGAUGCUGAAAGAGAACGUCAGGAGGCCGAACGAAAGAUCCGUGAAGAAAUUGAAAAGGUUGAAAAUAGUAGUGAUAACAAGUAA